AUGGAUGUUGGACCAUGUGAGGAUCCAGAGGACUAUCUCAGGAUGGUUCUUGUUGGGAGAACUGGAGCUGGGAAAAGUGCAGUAGGAAACACCAUCUUAAUGGAGAGAGGUUUUGAAUCAUCAGGUUGUUCUUUCUCAGUGACGAAAGUAUGUCAGAGAGAAUCAGGGAAGGUUCAGGGCCAAAAACUGGAGGUUAUUGAUACUCCAGGUCUGUUUAACACCGAGCUGAGUAAUGAGAGGGUGACAGCAGAAAUCGCUAAUUGCAUCGCAUACGCUUCUCCUGGACCUCAUGUGUUCCUGAUCAUCCUCAAGGCAGAGAGAUUCACUAAAGAAGAAGAAGAAACAGUGGAAAUCCUUCAGAAUCUGUUUGGAGAACAGGCUGCACGUUACACCAUGGCUCUGUUCACCCGUGGAGACGAUCUGGAGGCAGAUGGCGUCACCAUAGAAGACGUCAUCUGUAAAAAUCAGGUUCUCAGAGCCUUCCUCCAUCAGUGCAAAGGAGGAUACCAUGUUUUUAACAACAGAAAUAAAGAUCCUGCUCAGGUCCAUGAGCUGCUGAAGAAGAUCAACACAAUUGUUAAGAGAAAUGGAGGAAGAUGCUACACCAACGAGAUGUUCCAAGAGGCUGAGAAAGCUAAGAAGGACUAUCUCAGGAUGGUUCUUGUUGGAAAAACUGGAACUGGGAAAAGUGCAGUAGGAAACACCAUCUUAAUGAAGAAGGAGAAGGUUUUUCCUUCAUCAGCUUGUGCUGACUCAUUGACGAAAGUGUGUAGGAGAGAAUCAGAGAAGGUUCAGGGCCAAAAACUGGAGGUUAUUGAUACUCCAGGUCUGUUUGACACCGAGCUGAGUAAUGAGCAGGUGAAGGCAGAAAUCUCUAAGUGCAUCGCAUACGCUUCUCCUGGACCUCAUGUGUUCCUGAUCAUCCUCAAGGCAGACAGAUUCACUACAGAAGAAGAAGAAACAGUGGCAAUCCUUCAGAAGCUGUUUGGAGAACAGGCUGCAUGUUACACCAUGGCUCUGUUCACCCGUGGAGACGAUCUGGAGGCAGACGGCGUCACCAUAGAAGACGUCAUCGGUAAAAAUAAGGUUCUCAGAGCCUUCCUCCAUCAGUGCAAAGGAGGAUACCAUGUUUUUAACAACAGGAAUGAAGAUCCUGCUCAGGUCCAUGAGCUGCUGAAGAAGAUCAACACAAUGGUUGAGAAAAAUGGAGGAAGAUACUACACCAACGAGAUGUUCCAAGAGGCUGAGAAAGCUAAGAAGGACUCUCUCAGGAUGGUUCUUGUUGGGAAAUGUGGAACUGGGAUAAGUGCAGCAGGAAACACCAUCUUAAUGAGGAAGGGUUUUCAUUCAUCAGUUUGUUCUUCCUCAGUGACGAAAACUUGUAAGAGAGUAACAACGAAGGUUCAGGGCCAAAUACUGGAGGUUAUUGAUACUCCAGGUCUGUUUGACACCGAGCUGAGUAAUGAGCAGGUGAAGGCAGAAAUCGCUAAGUGCAUCGCAUACGCUUCUCCUGGACCUCAUGUGUUCCUGAUCAUCCUCAAGGCAGACAGAUUCACUACAGAAGAAGAAGAAACAGUGAACAUUAUUCAGAAUCUGUUUGGAGAACAGGCUGCACGUUACACCAUGGCUCUGUUCACCCAUGGAGACGAUCUGGAGGCAGACGGCGUCACCAUAGAAGACGUCAUUGGUAGAAAUAAGGUUCUAAGAGCCUUCCUCCAUCAGUGCAAAGGAGGAUACCAUGUUUUUAACAACAGAAAUAAAGAUCCUGCUCAGGUCCAUGAGCUGCUGAAGAAGAUCAACACAAUGGUUGAGGAUAAUGGAGGAAGCUACUACACCAACGAAAUGUUCCAAGAGGCUGAGGAAGCUGUUCAAAAAGAGAUGAAUGAGCUUCUGAAGGAUGAACCACAGAGGGACCGGGAUGACGCAAGAACUGUUGGAAGUUUUAUUGCAGGGCUCUUCAAAAAGUUUGGAGCUGGGGCCGGUUCUUGA